CUUCGGCACAUCCGGCGCGAGAUACAACUGUCGCGCCUCACUGUGGUGUUCUACUGACCCGGAGCUCUCUACGGUAAUAGCUCGUAGAAUCAUAAAUGGAGAGUAGAAGUGGGAGUGGUGCCACACCAGCGGCAAAUUCUGUAACUCACUUGUCAAAAACUGUUUCGUAUAUAUGCGGAGAAUGUCGGGCUGAAAAUGAAAUUCGACCCAGAGAACUUGUUCGCUGUCUUGAGUGUGGACACAGAGUUUUAUACAAGAAACGGUCAAAACGAAUGAGUGUUUUCGAAGCUCGAUGAUGGCAAUUCAAUCCUUAUUGAAUUUCUGUUUAAUUUUGUAAAUAUUUUGCGAAAUAUAGAUAUGUUGUCUUGUGC